AUGCCUGUGGGCAACGUUGCUGCCAUUCUAGCUGCCAGGCGAGCCAGCAAACAGAAACACAACCAUGGCUACCGUCCAACACCAGUAUCCGCCGCAGAGCAGAAGCGUCAGGAAGCCGCUUGGCGCGAAUAUCAGCGCAAGGUCAAGCUCAACAAGAUCAUCAAGGCAUACGACACGAACAAGACCGGUAAGCUAGAACGAGGCCAAGUCGUGAAGCUCCUGACGGACACUGACUCCUCCACGCCACCUGGGACGCCUCCCAGCGAAGAUCAAGUUGACUUCCUCCUCAAGUGUUAUGACAAGGCUGGAGAUGACUCCAUCGAGGUGUCGGAAUUGGAGGAGCUUCUCUCUUGCUGGCACACCUUCACGGAACAUCGCCAGUUGUUCGAGUCCAAGCUUGAAAAGUAUGAUGUCUCCAAGACAGGCAAGCUUUCCAAGGAAGAGCUCAAGCAGUACCUCACCGACCUCAACGGAGGGAUGGAAGUAGAAGAUGCAGAAGCGGACUGGGUCAUGAAGGAAGCGGACGUAAUGGGUGAUGGCGAGCUCAACAAGAUGGAGAUUGCAAGGGCCACGUCGCUUUGGUUUGCUUUUGUGGAGAAGAAGAAGCAGGAAAACCAGUGCUGCACAGUGUUGUAA